AUGGUGAAGGUGGACGACCAAACCGAAGAUGUGGAUGCGGCCGAGGCUGGCGCUGCACUGCAACUUUCGACGCAAAGCCUUUUCGGAACGCUUGUGGAGGUUUUCGUUGAUAGCAGAGCUUCUAAAAGCUUCAUCAGUAAGCAGAUGGUGCGACAGUUGCAGCUACAGGUGGAUGAUACAAUCCCAUUUCAAGUCGAAGUAGGUGAUGGUCAUUGCGUGACAUGCACAGAGGUUUGCAAGAGCGUGGAGGUUGAGUUACAAGGACAUUUCUUUUUCCAAAAUUUAUUCCUAUUUGAGCUUGGGGGAACUGAUGUGGUACUGGGGCUUGAUUGUCUUAGGGAAUUGGGAGAAAUAAGGGCAAAUUUCAAGGAACUUACACUUAUAUUUCAACAAAAGGGCGAAGAGGUGUUAAUUAAGGGCGACAUCUCUCUUUCCAGAAAGAUGGCAUCUCAUAAAUCCUUGAUGAAGGCUUUCCUUGACGAUGGUCAAGGGGUUUUUGUGAAACUGGUAUCUUCCCAGACAGAGGAUAACCAAGCUAUAGACGAUUGGGAGGAGCUAGACAAGCUGCUUCUCGAAUUCGAUGACAUUUUUCAAGUACCUACGGGCCUGCCACCUCAGCGAAGGCAAGGUCAUUCUAUUAUCCUUAAGCCAAGCGGUCAGAUUCCUAACCUGAGACUUUACAGGUAUCCACAUUAUCAGAAAAUUGAAAUUGAAAAGAUUAUUUCUGAUAUGUUAGACUCUGGCAUGAUUGGACAUAGCACCAGCCCUUACUCUAACCCUAUAAUUUUAGUAAAGAAGAAGGAUGAGAGUUGGAGGGAGAAUAUAGAUAAAGCAACAUUUAGGACCCACGAAGGCCAUUAUAAGUACUUAAUGAUGCCUUUUUGGUUAACAAAUGCCCUUUAUACUUUUCAAUCCUUGAUGAAUGAAGUGCUACGACCAUAUUUCAGGGAGUUUACUUUGGUGUUUUUUGACGAUAUCCUUGUUUUUAGCAAAGAUCGUGACAACCAUCUCACACAUUUGCGUAAAGUUUUUGAAGCAUUACGGCAGCAUAGUCUGAGAGCAAAUAAAAAGAAAUGUUUCUUUGGAAGACGUCAAGUGGAGUAUCUUGGGCAUGUUAUUUCCUCUUGA